AUGAUGCUCCAACGAAGAAUCCGCCCGGUUGCGGCCCUUGCCAUGUCACUGGCCAUGGCCGCUUCUGCAGCCACCGUCUCUUACUGUCCCUCGGGAGCCGACAACAUCUGCUUCGCCGUUGGCGUGCCCCAAUCGACUGCCAGCUCGGGCUCCGGCAAUAUCUACUUCAGCAUCACCGCACCCACCAGCUACCAAUGGGUGGCUCUCGGCACCGGCACGCAAAUGUCUGGCUCCAACAUCUUCCUCAUCUACCAAGAUGGUAGCGGCAAUCUGACGCUCUCGCCGCGCCUCGGCACCAAUCAUGUCAUGCCUACGCUCGACACGCAGAGCAAUGCUGCCCAGCUAAGUCUGCUGGCUGGCAGCGGUGUGUCUGACAGCACCAUGACUGCCAACAUCAUGUGCGCCAACUGCGAGUCCUGGGGCACCAGCAGCUCGAUGUCGGUCACUAGCACUAGUUCGCCGUGGAUUGCUGCCUGGAAGUCUGGUAAGUCGCUGGCCACGACCAAUCAGAAUGCUGCCAUCUCUCAGCACGACAACACUGCGCAGUACAAGUUGGACCUCACACAGGCUGUCAUCAGCACGGACAGCAACCCGUUUGUGAGCGCUGCCAGCAGUGGCAGCAGCGGAUCGAGCUCUGGAUCUGGCUCUGGAUCUGGCUCUGACUCUGGGUCUGGGUCUGGGUCUGGCUCCAGUUCCGGCUCCAGUUCUGGCUCAUCUAGCACUGGUAACACUGGAGGGUCGUCGACUGGUGGUGUCACGGCGACCUCCAGCGGCUCGUCAACCCCCUCCAUCCUGAUUGCUCACGCUACCAUCAUGAGCCUCGUCAUGGUCCUGCUCUAUCCGUUGGGCGCGGCUCUGAUGCCCCUGCUCGGUAACUGGCUUGCCCACGGCGUCUGGCAGGGUGUCUCCUACUUGCUGAUGUGGGCAGGCUUUGCCGUUGGCGUUGUAGUCGCCCGGCAACGAAAUCUGCUCUUCGUCGGCCCUGCCCGCAACCACACCGUGAUCGGCACUGUCGUUGUAGCUGCUAUGGGCAUCCAGCCCCUUUUGGGCUUCCUGCACCACCGCCACUUUGUCAGAAAUCAGAGCCGCGGCCUGGUCAGCUAUGUGCACAUCUGGUGGGGUCGCCUGCUCAUCAUCCUCGGCAUCGUCAACGGCGGACUGGGCCUCAAGCUGGCAGACGCGCCGAGAUCAGCCAAGAUCGGCUACUCGGUAGCCGCGGCAGUGCUUUUCCUCGCCUACGUCGGUGCCAAGGUUGUCGGGACAUGCUGCCUGGCAGGGCGCCGCGAGAAGAAGAGAGAUCUGGGACCGCAGUUUCGGGGAAAUGGUGGGCAACGUCGCAGCCACAGCAUCAGUGGUCCUGCUGAUGGCAUCGAGACUGCUAACACAUUCCAGGGUCACGGACAAAACCAGUACCGGAAGCAACGGCAACAGCCGAGUAGAGGGAACAGUCGCCGGAGCAGCCACACACAGUCCGGCAGCAACUACUCGUCUUCUCCGAUGCGUGAAACCCCGAUGCCGCCGUCAUCUCGUGAAGAGCGGCACUAUGACUAG